GUAAUCAGUUUACGUUUUUGUUUAACGUCGAUACUUCUGUUGCUGCAAAACAAGCGUAGGAAACGUGACGCAUCUAUUCAAGACGUAUACAGAGGAAAACAAAGGACUACGUCUGCACUGUGCACUACAGAAGUUUGCAACGAAAACUGCCAAUGUCCGUUAACAAUACCUAACGAAGAAAAUGUUUCUAAAAAUCCAAUGACAAUAUUGAUUACAGUCAGUGGAAAAUUCAACGAAAAGUACAUCGCAAAUGUGGAAAGUGCUUUACAACAGCUUGUGCAUCUAACAGAUUGUAAAAUAUAUGUAACUCUUUUCAUUGACGUCGAGUCUAUGAACGACUCAGAGAUUGAGACCGUGGCUAAGACCGUUGCUAACGGUAAGACAAAAUAUCAAUUUGGUAUUUAUGCUAGAGCCGAGAACGAUACAAAAGAAGAUUGGUGUCGUGUUAUUACUAAUAGCCGCGAUCGGCUCGAAGGUCAGCUUAAGAAAUAUAACAGUCGCAUAAAUGCUACGGUCGAUACGUUUCGCGCCAAAGACUUUUUGUGGACCAAUCAUAUGUUUGCAGCUCUGAAUCAGUUGAACAUGGCAGCGGAUUUUUCGUACGUAACAGCCCAGCCACUCUGGCCGUUUACAUUCCCAUAUGGCAGUGCUUUAUGCGACAGCAACGAGGUACUUCAAGGUAAUAAAGGUCUAACGAGACUGUGUCCUGGGAGAUUUGAACAUUUAUGGGAGAUUCCUAACAACAUGCUGUUUUCUGAGUGCGACUGGGAAUUAUUCAAUUGCACAUGGUUAGGUGAUUGCUUAACCUUGUCCACGUCUCACAAUGAAACAUUAGCGGAUUUGCUUAUCACCAACUUUGGCUUUCGUAGCGCUGCCAGUUCUUUCUUCCACAAAUACUGGCAGAGUAGAGAACCGUUUGUUCUCAACUUGGAAGAAGACUUUUUCGAAAAAGUUGCUGCAGUUUACAAUGAUGAGUCGAAUAAAUUUGUUCGUGAAUUUUUAAGUACAACGUUUGCAUUGUUUGCUACAGCAGUUGAUAAAGAUGUAAAAGACACUUACUUUGUUUCUGCUUCGCAACUUGUAAAUUGGAUGAAGAGCAAGCAACCAAGCUUUGACAUCAUCACUAGUGGAUUUUACCUUGGAGGAAUUUUUGAAUGCAAAGUAAAAUAUUCGCCUUGCGAACUUGCAGUCAUUUCCAUUCCUUUUGCUACAAUGUGUUUACAUUUCCUAAUGUUCGUGGUCAUGUUGAUUGCGAUCAUGUGCAUUCCUUGUGCUAUGAAAAGUUUUAAUUAUAAAACCUUUAUGGCAAGAGUUAUGUCAAAAAGGUUUAAACUUCUUGUACCUAUUGGUUUUCUUUUGACAGAAACUGAAAUUGAAAACGUGAUUUUAAGUGUGAAACAAUACCAAUCAACACCCGAUAACACCGAACCGAUGAAUCAAUCAACACCCGACAACACCGAACAGAUAAAUCAAUCAACACCCGACAACACCGAACCGAUAAAUCAAUCAACACCCGACAACACCGAACAGAUAAAUCAAUCAACACCCGAUAACAAAGAGCAGCUAAAAAAGCAGUGGCAAUGUGAAGUGGAAUGUCAGAUAUGUGGGAAGAUCACAGUAUUUUUAGUACUGUUUCUGUUCAAAUUCGUAUAUUUGGCUGGAUUGCUUGCUGGUCCAAUACUGAUGUUCAUAAACGUACAUGCGGAAAACAACCAAAUAGAGACAAUUCAAGAAUACCAAUUUCUAUAUCUACUUAUAGUACACACGGUUACAGUUGCUAUCUAUUUUGUAGUGUCUGUGGCUGUCAGUGUGUAUAUAAAUUACGGCUUGAUGGAAUUGAAGGGCAUAAUCGACGAAUUAGAGGAAGCUGUUAAAAGGACUGUUAACGAGACAAACAGUAUUUUCCAAAAAUGUAUUCCUGCAAGAAGACUAUUGGUCAGUAUUUCUACCAGUAUAAUAGCAAGCAUUAUAAUUUUACUUCAUGUUGUCGCACUGACACUUAGCUUUGAACAAAAAUCAAUCGUGGGAUGGUAUUCUACAUUUGAUUGCGACACUGCUUGGAUGUACGUUUCGUACUAUGCUCUACUCUUUUUGAUGGUUGUGAUGGCUGUGUUUCAUGCGUAUUCUUUAGACUUAUGGGCUCAAGCUGCCUUUAUCCUUUUUACCGAGAAUAGAAACAAAGCAUCAACCAUCAAGGACUGCACAAAGAAAUCACUGUCUAAAUUAAAGGAUAGAUAUUCUGAACUGUAUUCAAGCAUAUUUUCGCCACUGAUACUUGCACCUGUCCAAGCAGCAAUUGCCGAUGUUCCUGUAUCUGUCUUUGCAAAGUACUUGCAAAAGAGUUUACAAGACACAGAUUUAACGGGACAACUUUUGCGAAUUUCUUUGAAUAUUACCAUAUUAAUAGUGGCUCUACUACCGUACGCAACAACCAUCUUAACACAUUGGAAGCUAGAUUGCGAAUGCAAAAAGCUGAAAGAAGAGAGAUCGAAACGAAACAAUGAUGUUGAAAGUGCUGAAAAUGCAAAGCGACCCGAGAGCACACGUUCUACAAAUAGCCAAGGUCAAACGGCCAUGCUGCAAUUUGGGACUAACGGAAAUCAAACUGACAAGGCGGACAUGGCAGAUAACGAAGAUGAAACAAAUCUAUUGGAUUCUCCACAGCCCUACUUAAGUAAAACUCUGUUUAUCUUAACUGCAGUUGUUGCUUUGAUCGAAGUUCUUUUAAACUUAUCGAUUCCAUAAUUUGGCGUAGCGAGCAAAGUGGUUUUGCAGAGACUGCUGGAAAUUGCUGUAUGACAUACUCUUUCGCGUUAACCACUCGUAUACUCAGUAUAUACUUAUGUAUGUAGCUAUAUGCAUUCAAUUGUAUUUCAAUUAAUGGCAACAAUACUCUGAUAACGCUACCAGUAUAAGAAAUA